AAGGGAGAAAAGAGUUCAGAGAGAAGGAGAGAACUGGAAAUGAUGUCAAUGAACCCGUCACUUAUUUAUUUGUCUGUACACUGAACAUGACCUAACACUCUUACUCUGUGUCUCUGCUGGACACAUUCACAAAUUAUAAUGCAGUGGUGUUUCCUCAAACACUGAUUGUGUCAACUAGUUCUUUGAGCAAACUUCCACUAAGAAUGGCCACCAUGCAGCCCCGCUCAGAAAUCUCAACCAACCAUGAGAAAAUUAAAGUGGACAUUGAUGCCAUUAUGAAUAUUGUUACCAUUGUCCUCUACACCAUCACCAUUAUCUUCGGCAUCACUGGGAACUCUGUGGUCAUCUGGGUGGCUGGCAAGCGUCUGAAGCCCAGUGUGACUAACGUAUGGCUGGUCAAUUUAGCCAUAGCGGACCUGAUCUUCUGCCUUACCCGUAUAACUUCGCUCCUCAAAAAGCUUUUCUAUGACUACUGGCCUUUUGGACUCUUUCUCUGCAAGUUCAAUGGUUUCUUCAAGUACGCCAACAUGUUCUGCAGUGUUUUUCUUCUGGCCGUCAUCAGUGUGGAUCGAGUGCUCUGCGUCUGGUGUCCAGUGUUCACCAGAGAACGACGGACGUUAUUUGCCGCUCGUGUGGUCAGUGUGGGAGUUUGGAUUGUGGCGGUGAUCUUUAGUUCACCGUACUUUGUGUACCGGCAGGUCUAUCUUGGUGACAACAACUUGAGCAAGUGCUCACUGGAGGUGAAAGAAGCAUCAAAGGGUGACAAUUCAGCAAAAAACGCCUUGUACAGCAUUCGCUUCUCAUGUGGAUUCCUGUUGCCCUUCCUUGUCAUCCUAACCUGCUACAUUAUAGCUGGCAUUGGCAUACGCCGAACAAGGUUUUCUGGAAAAUCGAGGCCUCUCCGGAUUCUCGCUGGACUGGUCUGUGCCUUUUUCUUAUGUUGGGGCCCCUACCACUGCCUACUGCUGGCCAAGAUGGUGGACAAGAAGAGCCAAGCUGUUAAAGUGGGCCUGCCUAUUGCGAAGGGCUGUGCAUAUUUAAACAGCUGCAUAAACCCGUUGCUGUACUUCUGCAUGGGACUGGAUGUUAGGCAACGCUUCAGACAAAGCAUAUCAGGGAUUUAUCGCAGAGCACUUAUGGAGGAAGGCCACACUGUGCAGUCCCAGGAAGGCACUGCAGAAGAAAGCUGUAAUUCUAUUCCAAAGACUGCAGGGAUCAUUCGAGAGAAACCUGAGGACAUGACCAAAGUUUAAAAGAGAUAGAUUUUAAUGUCAUUUUUGCUUUUUUAGUAGUGGGGAAAUAUUUCGGGGAGGUUGAUAUGUAAACACUGAUCAAAUCCAAAUGUGAAAAAUCUAUCUCUCUUUUCUUUCUGACAAUUUUACUACCAGACUGUCUUUAAAAUAAUCUUGAUAUUUAAGAACUUAUCUGAGGAAGACAUAGAAUAAUAGUGAAAUCAACAUGUAUAUAUUUGUGAGUGAUGUAACAUCUCCAGAGUAAGGAAAAGGCUAAAAAAAAAAAAAAAAAAAAAAUUCCCCCCGGACUCCUCACACCCACGCCACUCUCUUCUUCAAACUGUUUCCCUCUGCUCCGCGCACAGCACACAGCACUGACCACCAGAACAGCUAGCACAAAAACUGUUUUUCUCACAGGCUAUAUUCAGCCUGAACAAUUCAUCUUUCAGAAUUUUACAUUGUCAAUCACAACUAACAUAGUUAUCUGAGAUAUUAUGUUAAACUGCACAUUUUGUAACUAACAUAUCUGCACACUUAUAACAUAGCUGUACAUUUAUCUAAACAAUUACAUUUUUCCCUAUACUUCUAUUUCUGUAUGUAGUACUUUUUUAUACAUUACUGUUAUAUUACAUUCCCACUGUGUUAUUCCUAUGUACUGUAUGUCUGCACUACGUAAAUACUUUCUUCUACACUGGAAGCUCCUGUCGUCAAGUCAAAUUCCUUGUGUGUGUAAACAUACUUGAUAAUAAAGCUCUUCUGAUUCUGA